UCCUUCGUCUCUUUUCUUGUAAUACCACAGUUACUUGGUGAUUGUGUCGGUGUAAUAUGCGGUCUUGGAGAACGCAUUCGACUUUAGUUACCCUUAUAAUACGUUCUUCCUGUAUUCAAAUAAACUCAUCUUGAAUAUCAUUUUCAUCCUAACGAAUUUGUUCUUUUUUUCUAUCUUUUAUUUUGAUUAUAUUUAUUUGAUUUUAUUUACAGUUUGAUUGUUUGUUUUUUUUUAUUUUUUUUUAAUCAAAACAAGUUGGAAGGUAAAAAUUUGACAAGAACAUCUUGCGGUUCGUACAACAAUUACGGUAUUUAAAAUGCAAAAUAAUGUUAAAUAUUCGGCAUUGCCACAACAUACUGACAAACAUUUCAGUUUGAUGUGGAAGAAUGUAUCUUUUACGGUUAAAAAGAAAAAAAAUGGGAAUUAUUUGAAGAGUUUUCUUGGAUUACAAAGAUUCGAAUAUGUUCCUCUAGUAAAUGGUGUAAAUGGUAUAGUUAAUUCUGGAACAUUGAUGGCUAUAAUGGGCCCGAGCGGAGCUGGCAAGACAACUCUACUUGCGAUGAUAAGCAGACGUAUAAAAGGUGAAAUAGAUGGUGAAAUUUUAUUGAACGGUAAAUUGAUUAACAAGCAAGAAAUGUUAAGAAUAUCUGGAUUUGUACCGCAACAGGAUCUUGCUGUUGAAUCGUUGACAGUCCAGGAACAUAUGGAAUUUAUGGCAUGUAUGAGAAUGGAUCGUAGAUAUCGUACGAGUUUUAGAAAAUUAAGAAUAUCUGCACUUUUAACGGAAUUGUUAUUGGUCAAUUGUGCUCAUUCAAAAUUGUCAGCAUUGUCAGGUGGUGAGAGAAAAAGAGUAUCCUUGGCAGUACAAUUAUUAACAGAACCGAGUAUUUUAUUUUGCGACGAACCAACGACAGGUGUUGACAGUUACGCAGCCAUGACAAUUGUUAAAACUCUUCGUAACGUUGCUGAAAGGGGUAGAAUAGUCAUUUGUUCGAUACAUCAACCAGCAUCAGGUUUACUCGACAUUUUUCACGAACUUUUAUUACUUUCUUCUGGUCGUGUUGCAUUUCAAGGUUCGAUUAUUGACGCAACUAACUUUUUCGACAGUUUGAAUCUACAUUGUCCACCAACUUACAAUAAUGCUGAAUUUUACGUGUCCCAAUUAUCCGUUUCGCAUGAUCACGAGAAUGAGAAUUCUAACAAGACGAAAUGGAUCUGUGAUCAAUAUGAGAAAUCGGUUUAUGGGAAAAAAAUGGCAUCAUUGAUAAGAGAUUAUCGUAAAGACGUUAACAUGGAUGACGAAUUGCCAUUAAUAUUUGAUAACAAUGUGUCGAUUAAAAGUAAUUUUAAAAAGGUCAGAUCGUUAACACAAAUCGAAUGGCUUGUUUGGAGAACUUACAUUGAUUACAAGAGAAAUCUAUCUUCAAUAUUUCUAAGAUUUAUAUCCUAUUUGUAUAUAGGUAUUUUAAUAUCAUCACCGUACAUAAACGUAACUCAAAAAGUUGAUCAAGGUAGCAUACAAAAUAUACAAGGUCUGAUGUAUCUGAUAGUAGUGGAAACAGCAUUUACUUUUAAUUACUCCAGUUUUUAUACAUUCCCAAGAGAAUUGCCAUUGCUCUUACGUGAUAUUGCUGCAAGUUUAUACGACCCAGGACCAUAUUAUAUCAGCAAAGUUUUAACUUUGAUUCCAGGUAUCAUAAUUCAACCAUUUUUAUACAGUGGUUUGGUUUAUCUGAUCACUGGAUUAAGGGGUGGAAUUAUUGGAUUCAUUUAUUUCGUCUUACCAAUCAUGUCCUGUGCAUUUGCUGGCUCAGCUCUUGGAUUUGUCACGUCAGCGUCAUUCGAUUCGAUUGAUACAGCUUCUUUGAUAUCGGUACCAAUUGAUUUUAUGUGUUUAAUGUUUUCUGGCAUUUUCUUACAUCUUGGACAUUUGGUACCACCAAUAUCAUGGAUAAGAUAUUUGUCAAUAUUUUAUUACGGUUUGGAAGCCAUUUCUUUGAAACAAUGGGUACAAUUUGAACACAUAGAUUGUUUACCAGAUCCAGAAGCACCUUGCAUUUCAACAGGUUUAGAAGUUCUUGAUAAAUAUGGUUACAUACUUGAUCAUUAUUACGUUGAUUUAUUAGGCCUUUUAAUAAUAUUCCUCAUCUGUCAUUCCAUCAGUUUCUUGGUACUUCGUUACAGAAGUCAAAAAGAACCUGUCUAUUAAAAAAUAAAUACAAUUGUUUAAUCCUCGUUAAUUAUUUAUAAUAAUAAAUAAUUAUAUAACGAAGGAACUAAUAAUAAAAUGAAGGUAAUACUUUUCAUCAUUGGAUUUACAUAUCAUAUUAUGACAACAAAUAAAGCUAAUAUUAAUUAUAUAUGUAA